GAGAAAGCCGCGAAACAUCUCGAAGGUCGUAGACAAAACCGAUCACUCUCUAUAUAUCUCUAACUAAAAACAAAAUAAUAUUAUCAGAAUUUCAGAAGAAAGAAGAAUCAGAAAAUUAAAGUAGUACUCCUUACCAGAUAAGCUCGGAACUCUUCAUCGUUUUCUGUUGGUUGAUCGAUCGAUUGAAUUGAGCUGGUGGCUUUUGUGAUUUUUGUCAUUUAAUUUUCUUCGAUCUUCAUCGUAACGACUCAGAUAUCAGAUUUUCCGGAAAAGAAAAAUGGAUUCUUAUCCAUACCAUAAGAAUCAAAUCCCCACUUUCCCAUAUUCUUAUUAUUAUCCCAAUGGUCAAAUACCUGCCAGGCCUGAUAUGAACGUGGAUCCGGGCAAGUUUUACGGAUCUUGGCCAUUAGGUGGCUAUCCAUGUCCAGUAUCCCAUGGGGGUUGUUGCCAUAGCAGCAAUUUUCAACAACCAAGUUCUUGUGCUCUCAGACCUCCUUACCCCCACAUUGCACCUCAUCCUUUCCACUAUGUGCCUCCAGGACCGUAUCCCUUUCACUAUGCGCCCCCUCCAUACUUCUCAAUGGAGCAGCCGCAUUAUGGCUUUCCAAAUAGUUUUCCCACAGAUCAUCAUUGCUGUGGGUGCCCAAACCAUCCUUGCAAGAAGAAUGAGACAAAGGAUUUGAAGAUUGAGGAGCAUGAUGAGAACGUGGAUAGGAAAAAUGGUGAAGCUAUGGUUCCUUUCAACGCCUGGAGUCAUCCUUAUCCAGUUGGUUGGUUUCCUUACAUGAAGAAUUCUGAAGGAAUGAAGGACGGGGAAGACUUGCGGCUAACAACACCACAUAAACAAGAUGGUAAGAGCAUGCCUUUCCCAUAUCCAAUAGUCUGGAUGCCUGACCAACCAAAAGAUACUCCAAAGAUUGGAAGGAAAGUAAUUGAUUUGGGUCCAAACUCUUCCUCUGAUCAGGAAUUGCCUCCCCUCUUGGAACCCAAUCCAAAAGGGUCCUUGGAUGAUGAAGGUAAGGCCUUCAAUUCCGGGAUUGAGGAAAAGAAGACGGUAAACAAAGGAGUUUCUUUCCCAAAGGUCAUUCCCGUAAAGCAAUUGGAAGAUCAUAAUGACAUGAAGUCCCCUUCAAACCAGACUGAAGGAAACUCCGCCCAUGCUACUAUGAAGCCAAAAACUGAAAAUGGGGACAAAAAACUCAUGAAGGAGAAUGGCCCUCAACAAGUAUCCUCUUCCAAAAAGCCAUCUAAGCUACCUCCUGUUUGUCUAAGGGUUGACCCCUUUCCAAGGAAAAACGGCCAAAACAAACCUCAUGAUAGGCCAAAGGACAAACAUACUGUCCCAUUGAAUGGGAUAGGGACCAGUGAAUGCGAAGGCUUGUGUGGGGUUAGUAACAAGGUGGAGGAAAGCAAAUGCAACACUAAAACUGUAAAGGUCAACAUUCAAGAGGCAACCCAAGGGGAGGAUGCACAGAAAAAAGCGAAUGCUGGAUGUGCUUUUCCUACUGGUGAAAGUGAAAGCCCAAUAGGUAGUGUUGGAGUUAAAGGAGUUGCUCCCUGUGACCAAGAAAAUGGAACAUGUCCUGGAAAAGUUGUACUCUGCGAUAACACAAAAGGUCAAACAAAAACACUGACCAAAAUAGAAUUUUCAGAAAGCGAGGCAGCCACCAAGAUCCAGUCGGCAUAUCGUGGUUUUGAAGUGCGUAAAUGGGAGACUCUGAAGAAACUAAAGCAAAUAUCCAGUUUUAAAGAGCAAGUGGCUGAGCUAAGGACUCAUAUUCAGGCUUUGGAGGACUCUUCUGACAAGCCGGUUGAUGACAAGCAGAAAAAUGUGAUAGCGGAGACCAUAAUGAACCUUCUUCUGAAGCUUGAUGCAAUUCAGGGCUUACACCCAAGUGUAAGAGAGGUUAGGAAAUCGGUUACCAGAGAGCUGGUUAUUCUGCAGGAAAAGCUGGACUCUCUUGUUGGCAGAAGUCUUCCCCAACAAACAACAACUAAGCACCAUUUAACAGCUGAGAAUGCUAUUGGUGUUGAUGGGAGUGCUACUUGUGUUGAUGGGAAUGCUACCGUCAUUCAAGGGCAUCCCAAUAACACAAUGGAGCAAUGUGAAGAGGGGGAGCUGCUGCCACUUCCACUGGAAAAUUCACAUGACAUGGUGCCGGAUGAUGGGCAAGAAAAUGAUGACCAGAUAGAUGAUGCUCAGCCGACUUCCAUGGAAUCAUUAGAAGCCAAGGAGAUGACAUUGGACCUAGAUCAGUGCCCAUCAUCAACUAACUAUGAUGUAGAGAAAACAGAUGCUAGUCAUCUUGAUGUACCAUCCCAGGAAGAGCAGCAAAAGGGUCUGGAUGAGUCCUGUUUGUUGAAGGAUCAGGUGAAAGAAAAUGCACAAGCCCCACCACUAGAUAGCAUUUUGAAUGGUGUAGAGCAUGAGGAGGAGGUAGAAGCACGAACUGAUCAAGAAACUGGAAUUUGUAGGCAGACAUCUGAAGCAACAAAAGGGGAUAGCGAUGGACUUCCACAAGAUGAUGCAGGUCUGGUGGAAGCAGAGCACUUGGAUAGAAAAUUGGAAGAUGAUGACAAAAAGAAGCAGCAGGUCCAGGAUGAAAAUGUUGAGCUUAAGAGUGGUGGAGAAACAGCUCCCAAAGAAGCAGAAGAAGCUGUUGUCAAUGAAACUGCAGCAACUGCUGAAGUCGCUGGUUUGUCGGCAUGUUCUGACCAGGAAGGUGACAGCAAGCAUGUAAUGGAGGAUAAUGAAGAGUUGGAUAGAGAAAUGGAAGGUGAUGAUCAAAAGAAGCAGCAGGUCCAGGGUAAAAAUGUUGAGCUAAAGAGUGGUACAGAAACAACUGCCAGAGAAGAAGCCGUUGUCAAUGAAACUGCAGCAGCUGCUGAAGUUGCUGGUUGGUCGGAACCUUCUGAUCAGGAAGGUGAUAGUAAGCACGUAGCGGAGGACAAUGGAAAGUUGGAUAAAGAAAUGGAAGAUGAUGAUCAAAAGCAGCAGCAGGUUCAAGAUGAGAAUGUUGAGCUAAAAAGUGGUGGAGAAAAGGAUGUCGAAGUAGGAGCAGCGGAAGAAGAAGCUGCUGUCAGUGCAACUGCAGUAGCUGCUGAUAGUGGUUGGUCGGCAUAUUCAAAUCUAGAAGGUGAUAGGAAGUUGGUAAUGGAGGAGAAUGAAAAAUUAAGGAAGCUUAUGGAGGGAUUGGUUGAAUCGGGUAAAGAGCAGCUGACCACCAUAUCUGCUCUCUCUGCUAGAAUCAACCAACUUGAGAAGAUGUUGUCCUCUUCCAGGAGAAAGAAGAAGCUGAAAAUGAGAAAGCAAAAAAGUAGAGCACUUCCAGAAAUGGAUUCAUCCGAGGUUGUGUAAUUGUACGAAAUAAACCGGUUUUUGCUUCUUUCUUUUUGUAGUGUGUAAAAGAGACGGCAAUACGUUUUGUUUGAAGUCAAUUGUUAUGCUCUGUUUUUGAAAGUGUCUCAAAAUAGACGUACUCGGUCUGUUUAUAUCAUCUGUUGCAUUUAGAAGUGUUUUAAUAACCUUCACAAUGAUAAUCAAAAUACCAUAUC